UAAUUUUAAUGUGACUAAGCAAUAUUAAAUUUCAUUGUAUAAGUAAACAGGACGCUGUUUGUAUGAUGAAAUUAUUGUAAUACGAUAAAACUCUAACCUUAUCAAUAUUACAAAAGUUGAAAUAUGACAAACAAAAUAGAGUUUUUAUAAAGUUAGUAAUAAAGUUAACUAAAAUACAAGAUGUAUCUUUGUACGUUCGUGCUGCAUCCAUUAAAAUGCGUAAAUCGAAGUUUUACGUAUACGAACCUAAGAAGAUGGAAAUCCACAUGGAAAACGAAAAACAUUAAUAAAUUACUGGUUGCCAACCGAGGUGAAAUAGCUUGUCGUGUAAUGCGCACCGCUAAACGAUUAGGAAUUCGCACAGUUGCAGUGUACAGUGAAGUCGACAAGAAUGCGCUUCAUGUGUCUAUGGCAGAUGAGGCAUAUUUUAUUGGGCCAGCUGCAGCUUCAGAAAGUUACUUAAGGGGGAAUAAGUUACUGCAAGUAGCCAAAAACUCGAAAUGCGAAGCGAUUCAUCCUGGCUAUGGAUUUUUGUCUGAAAAUGCCGAAUUCGCUGAUAAUUGCCAAGAGGAAAAGGUAAUUUUCAUUGGACCACCGGCAUCAGCCAUCAGAGAUAUGGGUAUCAAAAGUACAUCAAAGCAAAUAAUGUCAACUGCAGGAGUACCAGUCGUAGAAGGUUACCAUGGACAAGACCAAAGCAACGGUACUCUGAAAAACGAGGCCAGACGGAUAGGUUUCCCGGUAAUGAUCAAAGCAGUACGAGGAGGAGGGGGCAAAGGCAUGAGGAUUGCCUAUUCGGAAGCAGAAUUUGAAGAAAACCUAGAAUCAGCCAGGACAGAAUCCCAAAAAUCAUUUGGAGACUCUGAAGUAUUAUUAGAGAAGUUCAUAGCCCAGCCACGCCACGUCGAGGUGCAGGUCUUUGCAGACACGCACGGGAACGCCGUUCAUCUGUACGAAAGAGACUGCUCUGUCCAAAGGAGGCACCAAAAGAUUAUCGAAGAAGCUCCCGCGCCAGGUCUCUCCACGGAACUGCGGCGUGAGUUGGGGGAGGCAGCAGUUCGAGCCGCCAAAGCAGUGGGGUACGUUGGGGCGGGGACCGUUGAAUUCAUCUUGGAUAAGAACGACCACAGUUUUAAUUUCAUGGAAAUGAAUACCAGGCUGCAAGUGGAACACCCCAUUACUGAGAUGGUCACAGGAACCGAUUUGGUGGAAUGGCAAAUCAAAAUAGCUUCCGGCGAAAAGCUACCUCUUUCUCAAGAAGAUAUUCCUUUGACUGGACACGCUUUCGAGGCGCGUGUCUAUGCAGAAGACCCUUUGAGAGGAUUUUUACCCGGUGCAGGUCCCCUUUUGCAUUUGUCUCCACCCCUUUCCUCUGUAGACGUCAGAAUCGAGACAGGAGUUCGAGAGGGUGACGAAGUCUCUGUCCACUACGAUCCAAUGAUUGCCAAGUUAGUGGUUUGGGGAAGAAAUAGGUUGGAAGCCCUUUCGAAGCUGCAGGCGAAUUUAAUCGAAUAUAAUAUUGCAGGUUUGGAAACCAACAUAAAUUUCUUGUUAAAUCUCGCGCGACAUCCAGAAUUUUCUGCCGGCAACGUCCACACGAAUUUCAUCAAAGACCACGAUGCUUCGUUGCUUUCCGAAGUUAAACCGCGAGAAACCCAGUUGCUACAAGCAUCCUUGGCGAUUAUCCUUAAGGAUAAAAUCGAAGAAACGGCUCAGGCAGCGUCGAGAAACGACCAGUACAACCCUUUCGUCGUGGAAUCCAAUUUCAGGGUAAAUCAGAAGCACAGGAGAAAUAUUAGACUGAAAUUUGAAGAUGAAGAAUUUUUAGUGAACGUAAAAUAUAUAAAACAAGACGAAUAUAGCAUGUCGACUGAUGGUAAAUCAUGGAAAACUGUUCAGGGCGAGAUAUUGAACAAAGGGAAAACGUUAGUUCUAAAUUGCGCGAUAGAUGGCGCUAAAACUAGGGUUAAUUUUUAUUCGAACGAUGACUUUCUAGCUAUUUUUGAUCAAGACGGUAAAGUUCAAUUUUCCCUUCACCAGCCAAGUUUCGAGGAAUCAGGGGAGACAUCCCCGCAGCUGACUAAACGCGCAAUUGCCCCGAUGCCGGGAGUUCUGGACAAACUGCUGGUGAAACCUGGCGACGUGGUCAAGAAAGGGGACCCUCUAUUUAUUCUGAUAGCGAUGAAAAUGGAGUACGUGGUUAAAGCCACUAAAGAGGCAAAGGUCGAUAACAUUUUUUUCCAAACUGGAGAUAGUGUACCUAAGGACGCGACCAUUGUACAAUUCAUGGAAUAGAUAAAGCGAUAAAAUGCUGAUAAUUUUGUAAUUACGAGCUGAAUAAAAUGUAUUCGUGAUACGAGUUUUCUAUUGAAAGAAAUCUAUGUGUUUCUACUAUCGAUUGUAAUCGUAAUGUUAUAUAAACUGUUUUGUUUA